AAAGGUGGGACAUAACGGGAGGAUCGUUCGAUGAAACAACUGCGAAAUCUACGUCCGCGUACGCUGGUUACAAUUAUACCUUACAUCGACUGCCGUCUACCAGAACUCUGCUCCUAAACCUAUCUCAUCGGUCCGAUGUCCACCCACAUCCCAGCUGCCCUGCGUGAUUGUUUUCUGCCCAGCAGUCUGCCCAUCUCAAGCGUCGAGGACAACCAACAUCAAAGAGGAAGAAGAAGAAGAAGAAGAAGAAGAGGAGGAGGAGGAGGAGGAGGAGGAGGAGGAGGAGGGCUGGUAG